AUGUCGUCUGCAAAUGCCAAUAAAAGCACGUCAUAUUCAGACAUUAGCUUUCAUAACGUCACAGUCAACUUAAGUCUUACAAGUCUGGUGAGGCCCGAGGCGAAAGACUUCAUUUUGACUUUGAUUAAUGACGGGAUAGAGUCUCAACAAGAUGUCUACCUCAGAUGUCUGCUACUUCCGGUGCUGGGGCUGUGUGGGUUGGUCGGUAACGCCCUGAACAUGGUCAUCCUAUCCCACCACGGCUUUGCGGAGACAACCAACAUCAUUCUUGUGUCCUUAUCCGCUUCCGAUUUCUUCUUUUCCUUGUCACAAAUUUUUCGUCGGGCCCGUUGCGCCAUCCAGCUCUUCGACGUGGCCGCGGGCGUCACCGCUGAGACCCUGAUGCAGGUGUACGUCAUCCCUUUCAACACCCUCAUGCUAGUGGUCAGUAUUUGUCACGUGGUCUUCAUUUCCAUCGAGAGGCUGUUUGCCGUCUGCUUUCCUUUCCAUGUCUCAAGAAUAUACCGGAAGAGGCGCGUCAAAAUGGCGGUGCUGUUUCUGUAUGCGUACCCAACUGUAAUGGGAUUUCCCAAUUUGUUUCGGCUGACCUUCGACUGGGUGCACGAGCCGAAGUACAACGCUACAGUGGCGAAGGCCAAGUUCACACAAUUCCUGACGGACCAUUUCGAUACCAUCAUCAUGUACGGCACAGUCGUCUUCAACAACAUGUUCACCACGCUCAGCCUCGCUUUCAUUUUCGCGUGCUCGGUGGCCGUCAUUGUUCGACUCUUCACCAAUCGGAUUCGACACUCCGACCUUAACCUGGCCUUGACCUCAAAGCCCAAAGAGCUGCGGGUUAUGAAGACCCUGCUUACCGUCUGCUUUGUGUGUCUGGUGGUCUGCGUGCCAUCCACGGUGCUGGACAUGUACAUACUCUACUGCAAUUCUAUCCUGGACACCAGCGCGAUGUAUCACAUUGGUCAGUCUGUAAACGACAUCUUGUAUCAGGUCAACGCUUCGGUCAAUUUCUUUAUCUACGUAAGCAUGAGCUCGAAGUUUGCUAAAACGUAUAAAGUAUUGUUCUGUAAAAGAAAAGAAACUAAGCCAACUUUUUAA